CGCAAACUUAAACCGGAAGUCGGGUUGUUUUUGUUGAGUGUGGGGGGUUGAGCCCUGCCGGCUGCGGCUUAAAUGCGAUGUUUCUGUCGCUCUCUCCGUGUUUCUGUCUGUCUGAAGCGGGUGAACGCAGCGGGGCGGAUGGCGUAGGACACACGCGGUAGUUUAUCAGGUUGUUUCGGGGUUUGAUCAGGGAUGGACUCGCGGGUGUCGGAGCUCUUCGGGUCCGCCGGCGCUCAGGCCACUAAUGGGGCUGCCAGCAGGAAAACCGCCAAGAACGGCAGCAAAAAGGGCAAAAACCGGUCAGCCCGGUAUCCAAAAGCAAGCAAUAAUCCGCCUUAUCUACCUCCAGAGGCUGAAGAGGGAAACAUUGAGUACAAGCUGAAGCUGGUGAACCCCACGCAGUACCGCUUCGAGCACCUGGCCACGCAGAUGAAGUGGAGGCUGCAGGAGGGCCGCGGCGAGGCCGUGUAUCAGAUCGGUGUGGAGGACAACGGUCUGCUGGUGGGCCUGUCAGAGGAAGACAUGAAAGCCUCUCUCAAAACUCUCCGCAGGAUGGCUGAGAAGGUGGGUGCAGACAUCACAGUUCUCAGAGAGAGGGAGGUCGAUUACGACACUGACGAGCCACACAGAAUAGCCGAGGUCCUGGUCAGAAAAGUGCCAGACGAUCAGCAGUUCUUGGACCUGCGGGUCGCUGUGCUGGGUAAUGUGGACUCGGGGAAGUCCACUCUGCUCGGUGUCCUUACACAGGGAGAGCUGGACAACGGGAGAGGGAGAGCGCGACUCAACCUCUUCAGACACCUGCAUGAGAUCCAGACAGGACGAACCUCUAGCAUCAGCAUUGAGAUCUUGGGCUUUGACAGCAAAGGAGUGGUGGUGAACUACAGUGAGUCCCGAACAGCAGAGGAAAUCUGUGAGAGUGCCUCAAAAAUGAUCACCUUCAUAGAUCUGGCCGGCCACCACAAAUAUCUGAAGACCACCAUCUUUGGCUUAACCAGCUACUGUCCAGACUUUGCCAUGCUUGUCGUCAGUGCCAACACGGGCAUCGCGGGUACGACACGUGAGCACUUGGGUCUGGCCAUGGCGUUGAAGGUGCCCAUCUUCAUUGUCGUGAGUAAGGUGGACCUGUGCACCAAGAGCACCGUGGAGCGUACGGUCCGACAGCUGGAGCGAAUCCUCAAACAGCCUGGCUGUAACAAAGUGCCCAUGCUGGUGUCCUCGACAGACGACGCCGUCACUGCCGCCCAGAAGUUUGCACAGUCACCUAGCAUCACGCCCAUCUUCACCCUGUCCAGCGUGUCUGGAGAGAGUCUUGAUUUGCUGAAGGUCUUCUUCAAUAUUCUACCUCCCCUCAGCAACAGCAAGGAGCAAGAGGAGCUCAUGCAGCAGCUCACUGAGUUUCAGGUUGAUGAGAUCUAUACAGUGCCAGAUGUGGGGACAGUCGUUGGUGGGACUCUUUACAGUGGCAUCUGCCGCGAGGGCGAGCAGCUGGUGGUCGGACCCACGGAUGACGGGAAGUUUCGGGAGCUGACGGUCUGCAGUAUCCAGAGGAAUCGCUCUGGAUGUAGGGUGCUCAGAGCUGGACAGGCAGCUACUUUGGCGCUGGGCGAUUUCGACCGUUCUUUGUUACGAAAGGGUAUGGUGAUGGUCAGUCCAGAGAUGAACCCCACUAUCUGCUGGCGCUUUGAGGCUGAGAUCGUUUUGCUGUUCCAUGCCAAAACUUUCCAUAAGGGCUUCCAGGUGACCGUUCAUGUGGGCAACGUUAGACAGACGGCCACAGUUGAGGCUCUGCAAGGAAAGGACGAGCUCCGCACCGGUGAGAAGGCUGUGGUUCGCUUCAGGUUCAUCAAACACCCGGAGUAUCUGAAGGUGGGCGCCAAGCUGCUCUUCAGAGAGGGAGUUACCAAAGGCAUCGGGCAGGUGACCAAACUACAGCCGGCGUCACAGUACCAGCACCAGCCGUGACGCGCAUCCUCCGCUUUCUUCUGUUCCCGUUCCGUUCACUCGAGCCUUAGACGCCAACCUCACGCCUGCUCUCGUCCGAGACGAUUUGCCUUUUCACGUCAUAGUUUUAUCCACUUGUAGUGCGAAAGCACAGGUGUCUUUAUAUGCUAAAUGAGUUUAUCACUCAGUGUUUCUGUCUUGUUUUCCAGUACAUUAUUUAGUCAAAAUACUGGAGAAGCACAAUGAUGUUAACUCUUGUUUUCUGAAGCAAAUGAAGUGCUUAAAACAAUAAUGAACCUUUGAAUUAAGAUUAUUUUUCUUAGUUUAAAGUCAAUUUUGAUUAUUUUGCUUCUCCAGUAAAUGCAUCUUGAUUUAAGAACGACACAAACACUGAGGAAGAACAUCAUUUCUGCAGUGUCUCUGCACAGCAGUCAGCUCAUAUCUUUCUUUCUAGCAUUCAGACGGCACUGAAUAACAUUCACUGAAGCAGUCGUUACUCCCUAACCAAAGGACACAGAUUGUGCAUUAAAUGUGGCUGCCAAAGAUCUUCAUUUUGUUUUAAGUGGACAUUUUUAUAACCGAUGUCAAUGAAGAAUGGUUUCUUCUCGUGGCAGCUAGAGUCUGAAAUCAUCACCUGACCAGGAAACUCUGCUGUAUCAAAUGCCGGAAACUAUCUCUGAUGUCUUUUUAUUUAUUUUAGCGUUUUGUAACGAGGUUUUUUUACAGAAGCGGCAUCAUCCGUCUUGAACAGCACAGCCUUUAGAUCUCUGCUAGAUAUAAACACGCUGCUUUACCACCAAGUGUCCCUCCAUUCUCUCGCCAUCGCCGCCUCUGAAGCGGUUCUGCCUUCAAGUGUCCGCCUGCACUCCAGUGCUUUAGUAGCUCAGGAAAGCUGUAGUUCUUCAGAAAGAACUGGAGAAUUAUAUACACAUCAUUAUUUUGAAGAAUUAUGCAAAAUAAUCCUUUGUCUCUAAUGUCUCCCUUAGGUCCUAGAGUUUAUUACACCCGUGUUUCCCACAUGAACACUUGGUUUGGUGCUAACGCUUUUGAUUGACAUGUCUUUCGAUGUUGGGAGGGGCUGGAUGAGGUUUGUUAGAAAAACGUUCUCGCCUGUAAGCAUCGCAUGCGUGUACAGGACACAUGUUGCGUGUAACGUUCACUCUUUCAGGUUUCUACUCUUUCACUGUUCUGUGUUGCCUGUGCAAUUUUAGGAGAAAAAAUGUUUUUGAACCAAAAAAAUUUAGUUUUUGGAAAUUUAUAAAGAAUGUCGCAGGAGAAAUUCUGGAUGUUUUAGUUACUUAGAUUUGUAAUAAUUUCCAUUCUAAUAUGCAUUAUUUUGAGUGACGUCUAAUUUUUACACCAAAUGUCACUUUUCUGGCUUCGGAUUCUAGAAGUUUUUUUGAGGUAUUUUAAAAUAUUUUAGCCUUACUUUUUGGUGAAUUGGAGUAUUUAUGCACAGAUUUGUUUGUAUAUUGUGAUGUACAUAAAUAAAAGUUUAUUAUAGUUUA